CUUUGGUAUUCUGAAAAGAAUGGUCAAGGAUGGUUGUGAACCUAAUGUGGUGUCAUAUAAUGCUCAUUGACAGCCUUUGUAAGGAUAGAUUGGUUACUGAGGCAUUAGAGCUCUUCUUGAAAAUGAAGAGUGAAGGCAUUUCUCCUAGCAUUGUGACUUACAGCUCUUUAAUCAAUGGUCUGUGUAUGUCAAGCCGAUUGAAGGAAGCCUUUUUGCUGCUUAACAAAAUGCUGAAAGCCAACAUCAUGCCAGAUCUAAUUACAUUCAAUAUAGUGGUCGAUGGUCUUUGUAAGUGUGGAAGGGUCUCAAAGGCUUGUGGUAUUGUCAAAUUUAUGAUUCAGAGAGGAAUAAAGCCUGAUGUUGUGACUUGCAAUUCUUUAAUCAAUGGUCUGUGCAAUUCAGGCCGAUGGGAAGAAGCUUCCAUGCAGCUCAAUGAAAUGUUGGAAGCAAACAUCACUCCAAACUUAAUUACCUUCACUAUAUUGGUUGAUGGACUUUGUAAGGAAGGAAGGGUUGCAAAGGCUCAUGGUAUAGUCAAGGAUGAUUCAAAGAAGGAAUAA